AUGACGAAGGAGCCAAACACAGCUUUGAAUGGACAAGACCAGUAUGGGCCGGCAUCGGUGGUCGUCCUCAGUCCGAACCCACACAACCAGCCCUCGAAUGGCGAAGGACAACAGAAACGCUCAGCUCCCCCUUCAGAGCCUCAACCUCCCGUCAAGAGGAAACGAGGCAGACCACCCAAGCAACCCAAAAAAACAGAGAAGAAACCUGAUGACAACCCAAUCUGGGAUAUUCCAACCUCUUCUCCAGCAAUGGCUCCAGUGAAAGGACCCGAACAGCAACCCGUACUGGAUAUCCCAUCAACCAACGAGAAAAUAGCGAUGGCAGAAGAUCCCAGUGAACAGCAGAGCAACCCGAAACCCGACGUCCCGAGGCAAGAAAAAGAAGGAGAAGAGGAAGAAGAAGACAAGACAUCCCAUACCAAGAUGCCUCAGUCUCACGAAACAACUGCUCAUCGAGCAGGCGAGAUUCUCGUCCGCAACGUCUCCAGCCUGCAGACGCUAGUGAAUAAGAUCCUAGAAGUCGACGGACGCAGGUCCGGUGUUAAAAACGCGAAUUCCUGGCGGGAGUUUCGCUGCUACCGCAACAAUCAGGAUAUGGGCAGUCUCUGGGAUGUGAGGCAAGCGUGGUUUCUCAGUCAGGGGAAGAAGCGAAUGGAUGAAGAGGAAGAGAAUGAGGAGGAGGAGGAGGAGGAAUCGGAAUGGGAGGAAUAA